AUGUCCAACAAUAUUGAUACUAAUACAACUGCUAACUGGCAAUUUAUUCGAGCAGUUGAAGAAGCAUUUUUUUUACUUGAUCGUAAUCAUGAUCGUUUAGUUAAAGAAGAUGAUUUUUGUGCAAUCGCCAAAUCUGUCGGUAUAAACUUAGAUUCUAAUGAAGCAUUAAAAUUAAUUCGUACGACUAUUCGUGAACAAACAGAAGAUGAAGUAGAUGAAACAGAAUUAACAGUUGAUCAAUAUUCAACAUUAAUGCUUCGUUAUGUUGGUUCAUCAGAAUUAAAUGACGAAUUACGUCAAACAUUCGAUGUAUUUGAUCGAGAUCAUGAUGGAUUAAUAACACGAAAAGAUAUGGAUAAACUUCGAUCUGAAAGUUUAUUAUUUAAUCAACUAGAUGAUGAACAAUAUGAACUUAUGGUUAACGAAUUAUUAAUUCAAGGCAAUAAUAAUAAUAAUGGACUUGAUUUUAAUCAAUUUGUUAAUUUAAUGAUGCAUCAAUAG